AAUGAAAACUCAAAACUUUAAGGCCCGCUCUCUGAAAAAAUAGCUUAAUUUCCCCGCCACUGGAAAACCCUUGAAUAAACCCUAUUUUAUAUACUUACGCUUUAACGCUUUCUUUCCUUUCUUUUUUUUUUUUAUUUCCUGUACUUUCACUAACUUCUGCCAUUCCCCCCCUUGAUUUCAUUUAAGGAAAAAAAAAUCAAAAUCGAUAGCCAAAAUUAAGCUAGGGUUGCAUUCAAUUUGACAGCCCGUAGAAGAAAACCUUGGGGCUCUUCUUUUUGAAUCCAACCACAUUCUCCCCCUUUCUGAUUCUAGGGUUUUUACGAUGUCGUGGGUGGAGGAGGUUGUAUUGCGCGAUGUCACCAAUGCGGGACUCGUCGUUAGCGACCGUAUUGGCCGUGAAGUGGCGGCUCAGUUGGACCUUGAGGAAGCUUUGGAAGCUUCCAGAUAUGCCAGUCAUCCCUACUCCACACACCCCAGAGAGUGGCCUCCUUUGAUCGAGGUGGAAGAUACUUGGGAGCUACCUCCGGUACUCAUAGAAAGAUAUAAUGCAGCUGGUGGAGAAGGAACUGCAUUAUGUGGAAUAUUUCCGGAGAUACGUAGGGCGUGGGCAUCUGUGGAUAAUUCUUUGUUUCUUUGGCGUUUUGACAAAUGGGAUGGCCAAUGCCCUGAAUACAAUGUGGAGGAACAAGCUAUAUGUGCUGUUGGCCUCGCCAAAUCUAGACCUGGCAUUUUCAUUGAAGCUAUACAGUAUCUUUUAAUAUUAGCAACUCCUGUCGAGUUGAUUCUUGUAGGAGUAUGCUGCUCUGGAGGGGGUGAUAAUAGUGAUCCUUAUGCAGAGGUUUCACUGCAGCCUUUGCCAGAGUAUACAAUACCUUCUGACGGAGUUACUAUGACUUGUAUCUCUUGUACUGAUAAGGGUCGUAUUUUCUUGGCUGGCCGAGAUGGCCACAUAUAUGAGCUGCAUUACACGACCGGUUCUGGCUGGCAUAAGCGUUGUCGGAAAGUUUGCCUCACUGCAGGUGUAGGGAGUGUUAUUUCAAGGUGGGUUAUACCAAAUAUGUUUAAGUUUGGAGCUGUAGAUCCCAUUGUUGAAAUGGUUGUUGAUAACGAAAGGCAGAUUCUAUAUGCAAGAACUGAAGAGAUGAAAAUUCAGGUUUUUGUCAUGGGGCCAAGUGGAGACAGUCCAUUGAAAAAAGUGGCUGAAGAAAGGAAUUUGUUAAAUCAGAAAGAUGCACAUUAUGGAGGUAGACAAGUAACAGCAUCAAGAGCGUCAAAUCGAUCAGCAAAACCAUCCAUUGUUUCAAUUUCCCCUUUAUCCACGUUAGAAUCAAAGUGGCUGCAUCUUGUUGCUAUUUUAUCAGAUGGUAGGCGAAUGUACCUUUCUACCUCCACAUCUAGUGGAAGUAAUAGUACUGUUGGAGGUUUGAGUGGAUUUAACAAUCAUCACCACAGGCCAAGCUGUUUAAAAGUUGUAACAACUAGGCCUUCACCUCCUUUAGGCGUCAGUGGUGGACUUACCUUUGGCGCAAUGUCUUUGGCUGGUAGGAAUCAGACUGAGGAUCUUUCACUGAAGGUAGAAACAGCAUACUAUUCUACUGGAACUCUUGUCCUUUCUGAUUCUUCACCACCAACCAUGUCUUCUCUUCUCAUUGUGAGCAGAGAUUCAAGCUCACAGUCAUCUCUGUCAGGUAAUUUAGGAGCAAGUGCUCGGAGUUCCCGAGCAUUACGAGAAUCUGUUUCUUCCUUGCCCGUUGAAGGCCGAAUGCUCUUUGUGGCAGAUGUUCUUCCUUUACCAGAUACAGCUGCCACUGUGUUAUCCCUGUAUUCCGAGCUUGAAUUUUGUGGAUCUGAAAGCUCAGUUGAGUCUUGUGAAAAAGCAUCAGGGAAGUUGUGGGCUAGAGGUGACCUUUCAACUCAACAUAUAUUGCCAAGGAGGAGAAUUGUUAUUUUCAGCACCAUGGGCAUGAUGGAAGUAGUUUUCAAUCGGCCCGUUGAUAUUCUGAGAAGAUUGUUGGAGUCAAACUCUCCAAGACCAAUAUUAGAGGAUUUCUUUAAUCGUUUUGGUGCUGGUGAAGCAGCUGCAAUGUGUUUGAUGCUAGCUGCAAGGAUAGUUCAUUCUGAAAAUCUUAUAAGCAAUGUUGUUGCUGAAAAGGCAGCUGAAGCAUUUGAGGACCCAAGAAUUGUUGGAGUGCCACAAGUUGAAGGUACCAGUGGACUAUCAAAUACUAGAACUGCUGCUGGGGGUUUCAGCAUGGGGCAGGUUGUUCAGGAGGCUGAGCCAGUGUUCUCAGGUGCUCAUGAAGGGCUCUGCCUCUGCUCAUCAAGGUUGCUAUUUCCUGUUUGGGAGCUCCCUGUUAUGGUUGUGAAAGGUGGUUAUGAUGCAGCAUCGGAAAAUGGGUUGAUUGCAUGCAGACUUUCUGUUGGGGCUAUGCAAGUCCUUGAGAACAAGACUCGUGCUUUGGAGAUAUUCUUAAGGUCUAGAAGGAACAAAAGAAGAGGGCUUUAUGGAUGUGUAGCUGGUUUAGGUGACAUGACUGGUUCUAUUCUCUAUGGAACUGGUUCAGAAUUAGGUGCUGGUGAUAGGAGCAUGGUUAGAAACUUAUUUGGUGCUUAUUUCCGGAGUGUGGAGUCUAAUGGUGGUGGAACGUCCAAUAAAAGACAGCGGUUACCAUAUAGUCCCGCUGAAUUGGCUGCUAUGGAGGUGAGAGCGAUGGAAUGCAUCCGGCAGCUGCUUCUUAGGUCUGCUGAAGCUCUGUUUUUACUACAGCUUGUUUCUCAGCAUCAUGUAACACGCUUGGUUCAGGGAUUUGAUGCUAACAUCCGCCAGGAAUUGGUUCAGUUGACAUUCCAUCAACUUGUUUGUUCUGAGGAGGGUGACCGCCUUGCUACAAGACUUAUUUCUGCUUUGAUGGAGUAUUAUACUGGCCCUGAUGGCAGGGGGACAGUGGAUGAUAUAAGUGGUAAAUUACGUGAGGGUUGUCCAAGCUAUUUCAAGGAGUCUGAUUAUAAGUUUUUCUUAGCUGUGGAAUGUCUUGAAAGAGCUGCUGUAACUCCUGAUCCUGAUGUGAAGGAAAAUCUUGCCAGGGAAGCCUUUGAUUUCUUAAGUAAAGUUCCAGAAUCUGCUGAUUUAAGAACUGUUUGCAAACGGUUUGAGGACUUAAGAUUUUAUGAGGCUGUGGUUCGCUUACCCCUACAGAAAGCUCAGGCACUUGAUCCUGUAGGUGAUGCUUUCCAUGAACAAAUUGAGCAAGCAAUCAGAGAUUAUGCAAUUGCUCAGCGUGAACAGUGCUAUGAGAUAAUUGCUAGUGCUUUACGUUCUCUGAAAGGUGAGGGCUCACAGAGGGAAUUUGGGUCUCCUGCUAGGCCUGUUGCAGUGCGAUCUGUCCUUGAUCAUGCUUCACGAAGGAAAUAUAUAUGCCAGAUUGUUCAGCUUGGUGUUCAAUCACCUGACAGAUUGUUUCAUGAGUACUUGUACAGAACUAUGAUCGAUUUAGGUCUUGAGAAUGAGCUGUUGGAAUAUGGGGGUCCUGAUUUGGUGCCUUUUCUGCAGACUGCUGGUUGUGAACCUGCACAAGAGGUUCGAGCUCUCUCUGCAUUGACAUCAGCAACCCCUUCAGUGGGUCAACCUGGAGCUCCUAUUCAUUCUAAUCAAGCUAAAUACUUUGAUCUUUUGGCUCGAUAUUAUGUCUUGAAGCGACAGCAUUUGCUUGCAGCUCAUGUGUUAUUGAGGCUGGCUGAAAGACGCUCAAUUGAUGGGAGCAAUGCUCCUAGUCUUGAACAGAGGCGUCAAUACCUAAGUAAUGCUGUUCUCCAGGCCAAGAGUGCUAGUAACAAUGAUGGUCUGGUAGCUUCUAACCGGGGUGCUUUUGACAGUGGAUUGCUGGACUUACUAGAAGGGAAACUUGCUGUUCUUCAGUUUCAGAUAAAAGUAAAAGAGGAACUGGAGGCAAUGGCUACCAGGUUAGAAGCUACACCUGGUACAUCAGAAUCUGUUCAAAAUGGAUCUGCUGCUGAUAGCAGGUUUAAUGGUGAUGCUAAUUUAGCAAAUGGUGCACGAGAGAAGGCCAAGGAGUUAUCUUCAGAUUUGAAGAGCAUUACUCAGUUGUAUAAUGAAUAUGCAGUUCCUUUUGAACUUUGGGAGAUAUGCCUGGAAAUGUUGUACUUUGCAAACUAUUCAGGUGAUGCUGAUAGUAGCAUUAUCCGAGAAACUUGGGCUAGACUUAUUGAUCAAGCUCUUUUAAGCGGUGGAAUUGCUGAGGCUUGCUCCGUUUUGAAGCGGGUUGGUUCUAAAGUUUAUCCGGGAGAUGGAGCUGUAUUACCUCUGGAUACUGUAUGCCUUCAUCUAGAGAAGGCUGCAUUGGAGAGGGUGGAAUCUGGAACCGAAUCUGUUGGGGAUGAAGAUGUGGCAAGGGCUCUUCUGGCUGCUUGCAAGGGUGCAGCUGAACCUACCUUGAACACUUACGAUCAAUUAUUAUCAAAUGGGGCUAUUUUGUCAUCACCGAAUCUCAGAUUACGCCUUCUUCAAUCAGUGCUAGUGGUACUUCGAGAAUGGGCAAUGUCUGUAUUUGCACAGAGGAUGGGCACGACUGCUGCUGGUGCUUCUUUAAUAUUAGGUGGAGCAUUCUCGCCUGAACAAACAAUGGUUCUAAACCAGGGGAUUCGCGACAAGAUCACUAGUGCAGCAAACAGGUACAUGACGGAGGUGAGGAGAUUGCCACUUCCACAGAGUCGGACUGAGGCUGUUUAUAGAGGAUUUCGAGAACUUGAAGAAUCUUUAAUUGCCCCAUUUUCUUUUGACCGAUUUUUGUAGUUUGUUCGGUUCAAAGUUCAAACUUGGUUUUGUUGUUGUAUGAAUAAUAAACAAAUUGUAUCACAUUUCAAAUUUGCUAUUCAUUUAAUGAAAAAGUGAAUUCUCUA